CACAUCCAAACAAAAUCUCUGGUCCGACAUUGGUCUCUCUCUUUUUCUUUCUUUCUUUCUCUCUCCCUUUCCCAGCAUCUAGGGUUUGUGUUCCCACUCCCCCACAAAACCCCUUCACUCCACUCUCCAAAACCCACCAUUUUUCUUCUCACAAAUCACCCAUAAUUCCAUCUCAAGUCCCCCUAACAUUGCUAUUUUCUUUCCCAACUCUGUGUCUGUGGAAGCUUUGCUUUUUGUUUCUCUUUCUAGAGCUUAUUCUUUGUGAAUCUUACAACCCCAUUCAUGGCCAAGACCAAGCCUGGCAAAAAGGACUUGGAUUCUUACACCAUCAAGGGCACCAACAAGGUUGUUAGAGCUGGAGAUUGUGUGCUAAUGCGACCAUCAGACUCUGAUAAGCCUCCCUAUGUUGCGCGUGUGGAGAAGAUUGAGGCAGAUCAUAGGAACAAUGUGAAGGUUCGGGUGCGGUGGUAUUAUCGGCCAGAGGAGUCAAUUGGGGGGCGAAGGCAGUUCCAUGGAGCCAAGGAGCUGUUUUUGUCCGACCACUAUGAUGUGCAGAGUGCCCACACUAUAGAAGGGAAGUGCAUUGUUCACUCAUUUAAGAAUUAUACUAAGCUUGAGAAUGUUGGGGCUGAGGAUUACUUCUGUAGGUUCGAGUACAAGGCUGCAACAGGAGGGUUCACUCCCGACCGGGUUGCUGUGUAUUGUAAGUGCGAGAUGCCUUAUAAUCCGGACGACCUUAUGGUGCAGUGCGAAGGAUGCAAGGACUGGUUUCAUCCUUCUUGCAUGGGUAUGACCAUAGAAGAGGCAAAGAAAUUGGACCACUUUUUGUGUUCUGACUGUUCAUCUGAUGAUGAUCCCAAAAGAUCCUUGAACGCAUUCCCAGUAUCACCAUCUGAGGCUAAGGUGGAGCCAAAGCGCAGGAAGAGAUGACUGAUGGUCGAUGCAUAAUGAGGAGCAAUGUGGUACCUUGGUAUUUUCCAAAGCCCUAGCUCUUGGCAUCUGUGCUUCUCUCUUCCUCUUUUUCUCAUCAAUAAUGAGUGAUGCUGAGUAAAAGUAGGCCUACCCUUUCUCAGAAGUUUUAGUGAAGAGCCGUUUUCAAUGGUUUCAAUUCAUUGCCUUUAAAUUGGUCAAAUUUUUGUAGAUGCUUUAACAUUCCAUUGACUAAUAUUAAGCAUGGUUGACAAAGUAGAAUGAUAGCCUGGAAUGUUGGAGUUGAGAAGCCAUGUUACCAAGUAUGCCUAUCAAGAAAAAAAAAAAAAGUAAAAAAGAAAAAGAAGCCAUGCUACAGGGUAAAGAAAUUGGCUACACAAGUCAUGGUCAUGGGAAAAGGGUUGUCUUCUCAUGGAGCCACUCACUUGAAUCUAUGUUGUUUUCUCUGAUGAAUUCAUUGUAUUAUAUGUAAGGGUAGUAAUUUGUGUUGGUGGGUUGUUUUUGUGUUCUGCUAUACCUAUUCAUUUAAAUGGGUUAAUUCAAACACGAUACAAAUAA